UUUCUGUCAUUUUUAACAGGAAAGUGGGUGUUGAAUAUUAUAUUAGAUACUGUUACAACAAACAAACAGUUUUUAUUAUAAUUAGCAAUGGUAAAAUUUUCUUGAAAUCUAGUCAUGGAGGGGUUGCCUUCCGGCGAUGUACAGGCCAAGUAUCAGAAACUAGCAUCUGAAUAUUCGAAGUUAAGGGUCCAUGUUAAAGUGCUAAAAAAAGGUGUCCUAGAUGAGCAGGCUAAGUCGAAUGAGCUCAGAGAAUUAUUAAAAGAAAAAGAGAAAAACCUUAGAAAAGGCGAAUUGGAAAUAGAUUCCCUAACAUUUAGAAAUCAGCAACUGACGCGACGCGUUUCCGUCCUUCAAGAUGAACUUGAUAAUCUCCAGUCAAAAUCAACAAAGAAAUCAAAGAGUAAAGAUGAGAAGCAAUCAGCCAGUAAUGUCGCCCCACCUGACUCGGGGGUUCUGCAAGAGGAGCUCCAGAAAAAGAUAAUUGAAAACGCCCAAUAUGCAUCACAGCUCUCAGAUAAGUCAUUUGAGGUGUCUCAGCUGCAGGCUUCUUUGGAAGACUUACAGAGGCACAUGAGUGAAAGUGAUAGUAGGUAUAAGUGUGAAAUCGCAAAACUAAAAAAUAAGAAUCAGGAAUUGCAAUUUACAUUGGAAGAAAUCCAGAGAGAGAGGGCGGGGAACAUUCAUAAAACACUGAACAAUCAAGCGCUCAGUUGCAACGGAGAUUUCCUUUCUGAAGGCGGCAGUUUGGUCGGAAGUGAAGAUGCGCUGAGUUCUGUGGACGAUUCGAACAUAAAUGAACAAUUGAGUACAAAAGCGCAUACAUUAGAACAGGAAAAUGAGAAACUCCUUAUGGAAUACGAGAUACUGAAAAUGGAAAAUGAGAGCCUUAAAUUAGAUUUAAGUAAAUACGUGGCGGCGUCCCAGAAGAGACGAGGGGACACGCUAGACUCGGGGGACUUCAAUACAUUCAGUGAAACGUCUGUCGAUGCUGAGGGCAGAGUGACAGGUGUUCUGGGGAGCCUGGUGGUGCCGUUCCUGGCCAGCGAGGAAAUGCAGCAUAGAGAGAGUAGAAUCACUCGCUACUAUCAAGAUAAGCUGAGCAAACUGAGCAUCCAAAGAGACGAGCUGAGCAGCAAAACUGAGCAUUACACUAAAGAAUGUGAAAUGCUUCGUCUGCGGUUCGACGAGCUCGAAAGAGAAAAGGAAACAGACGCGCGGGUCCUGGAGGAGAAACACAGCACGAUCAGCAGACUGGAGGAGGAGCUGCAGUCCACGUCUCGCAACUACGAGCACCAGCUGCGGGUGGUCAGCGAACAUGUAGCAGCGCUCAACGACCGGCUGGCUGAGAAGACGAGGCGCAAGUAACAACACGACGCGGGGACGACACGGCCGGCACACGACCGCGGACCGGUCAUGAUCUCAUACUGUCUACACACCCGGGAGGAACGAACGAAGCAAAGAAAUGAAUGUCCACCAACAGAAUGGGUCCAUUCUAUUGGUGGAGCUGAUUCGGAAGCGCCUUUAGUUAUUGUUACUACUUUAAUCCACGCCUCUUUCUGUUCACUGUUAAGACACCGUCUGUAUGAACACACCUGUCCGCUCUUCAUUUUCUCCCUGACCCGUGAACGUCUCAGCAGUGCUGUCGGCGUUGUUCUUGCCGCUUUGAACGUUCUAUACUCUUCCAGUCCCGGACAUGUUAGCGUCAGGAGCUAGACGUAGCAGCUUGUUUUGUCCGCGCGGUGUCCCUGGAACUAUAUAUCGGAUGAGAAACAGCGUUAUUGUGAUACUUUAUAUAAGUGUAGCGACGAAAUUAAAUAAAAUGAUUUAAAUAUAUAAGAGGUUCGUUUGAAGCUGUCAGCUGUUGUAGUGAAUACUAGACUUUGAUUUCGCACUCCCCUGUUUCGAGGCCUAACUUUGUUACCCGCGAGUGAUGACUAGGAAUUGAAACAUGCAAUAUUAAUUUAGUUGAUUGUCCUUUUGUUAUAUAUUUCUAGGCAAAAUUUAAAAUGAAAUUGAUUUUACGUGUUUGAUCGUUUUUAUAUCUGGCAACAAAAUGUGCAUCUGAUUUUGACAAGUAUAUCACUUCGAUGGUGAUUGGCUUUUUUGAUUUUUAUCUGUGUCCAAACCGUCGUCUCGUUAAAUGAUCUUUAUGUAUAAAUAAUCAGUCAAUAUUCCCGGGAGGAAAAUAUUCUUGAAUGGCAAUAAUUGAACGAUGACUUUAAGCACGCAAUAGAUUUUUUAAAAUGUUUACACAGUUCGUGUUGUGUGCGUUAGGUGUUACUAAGCUUAUGUGAUUAUAAAGUUCUACUUGAGACUCCUCGCAUCAAGGUUUUAAGACAAAAAUAUAUCUAACGACACUCGAAACCACAUCCGAAUAUUCACGUAUUGUUUUAAAAUAAAUAUAAGAGCAAUUUUUUUUUAUUAUUAUUACUUAUAUUAUAAAAAUCGUGUAAUUAUUUAUGUAUAAAACGAGUCUGGUAUACAAUGUAUUUAUAAAUAAUAAAUAGUUUUAAACAA